CCCGGUCCAGGCCGGAGCUGGGCACACGGAGCUGGGCACACGCUCGGGGCCUCUGACCCAUUCCAGCCCUGGGUAUCCUUGAGGGAGAUCCCGUCCACCGCAGCCCUGGGCUGGUACCCAGAAACAAGGCUCCGACAGCCCGGCCAGGCACUUUGCCUCCCUGAACCCCAGUCUCAUCUCUGAAUUGGGGAGGGAGAGCCCCUACCCCGCAGUGUUGCCCGGAAGACUGAAUGAGGAAACUGAGGCUCAGAGAGGUACAUGGCUUGCCCUAAGGCCUCGCAGCCAGUAAGUGGUGGAACCGGGAUUCACACUUGAACCUGAGAUGCUGUAUUGACCAUGGCCUCCUCCAGAGCAGGAUUGUGACGGGGCUGACCAGGGGACCAUGGUCCUGGCUGAGGGCACUGCUCAAGCCAAGAGCCGUCUGGACUUGAAUCAGCUGGAGGCGGCUGGACACAAGUACUUGUUUCCGUUUGACAGUGUCUCCAUCUGCAAAAUGGAUACAGCCCUGAGUCUUGAAGUCAUGGGCAGGUGUGAGCCCACAUCCCUGCCCCCUGGGCCACGUGCAGGACGCUGGCUCCUGCCCCUCAGCAGACGCCGGAGAGAGAUGAGUAGCAACAAAGAGCAGCGGUCAGCAGUGUUCGUGAUCCUCUUUGCUCUCAUCACCAUCCUCAUCCUCUACAGCUCCAACAGUGCCAACGAGGUCUUCCAUUAUGGCUCCCUGCGCGGCCGCAGUCGCAGGCCUAUCAACCUCAAGAAGUGGAGCAUCACCGAUGGCUAUGUCCCCAUUCUGGGCAACAAGACACUGCCCUCCCGGUGCCACCAGUGUGUGAUUGUCACCAGCUCCAGCCACCUGCUGGGCACCAAGCUGGGUCCUGAGAUUGAACGGGCCGAGUGCACAAUCCGCAUGAAUGACGCGCCCACCACGGGCUACUCCGCAGAUGUGGGCAACAAGACCACCUUCCGCGUGGUGGCCCAUUCCAGUGUCUACCGUGUCCUGAAGAGGCCCCAGGAGUUUGUCAACCGGACCCCCGAAACCGUGUUCAUCUUCUGGGGGCCCCCGAACAAGAUGCAGAAGCCCCAGGGCAGCCUUGUGCGCAUCAUCCAGAGGGCAGGCCUGGUGUUCCCCAACAUGGAGGCCUACGCCGUCUCUCCCGGCCGCAUGCGCCAGUUUGAUGACCUCUUCCGGGGUGAGACAGGCAAGGACAGGGAAAAGUCCCACUCGUGGUUGAGCACGGGCUGGUUCACCAUGGUGAUCGCGGUGGAGUUGUGUGACCAUGUGCACGUCUAUGGCAUGGUCCCCCCCGACUACUGCAGCGGUCCCGCCUGCAGCGCAUGCCCUACCACUACUAUGAGCCCAAGGGGCCAGACGAGUGUGUCACCUACGUGCAGAAUGAGCACAGCCGCAAGGGCAACCACCACCGCUUCAUCACCGAGAAGAGGGUCUUUUCGUCCUGGGCCCAGCUGUACGGGAUCACCUUCUCCCAUCCCUCCUGGACCUAGGCCGCCCUGCCUGUGGGGCCCUCACCAGGGACACCGGAGAAGUGGCUCUUGGCCCAGCCACUCGACCAAGGGCCAUCCCCUGGCCCAUGAAGGCUGGCUGGAGUGUCUUCUGGCCAAUCAGGGCCUCGAAGAGGGUGUGUCCUCCAGCCGGUCAGGGCCUGGGAGAUCUCCUGGCCAUCAGGGAUUUGGGCUUCUGUGUGCUUAAUCAGGGGUGUCAGGAAACGUGUCCAAUCAGGGUCUGAGCAUAGUCAAUCAGGGUAUUUCUGAGUAAUAGGAGGCCAAGGACAUGUCCUUUCCCAUGAGGCCUUGGUUCAGAGCCUCAGGAUGGUCCCCAAAUCAUUUCCUAUUGGACAGUGGGGUCCUGUUCCAAGGACCUGGGAACUUGGUGUUGGCCCCUCACUUCCCGGAGCCAGAAAGAAAGGUUGCGUGAGGAGUGGGAGGUGAAUGGAGGUCAGGCUGGGGCAAUUGGGGGCUGGAAGGUCCCGGGGGUGGGGGCGGUGUCAGUCUUGGCUCUGCCCUGAGUGGCCUUGGACAAUCCCUUGUCCCCCUUUCUGGCAUCCUUCUGCCUGUGUCAGGUUCUAACGUGGAGUCUUCGACCCCCUCCCACCUCUCCCACUACUGCCUUGGGUCCGUCCUCCAUAACACUGGGCCCCGCCAGCCACUACCCCUUGCUGGGGGUCUCAGCUCCCUAGGGCCUGGGGUCCCCUUCCCCACCUCUUCCUGGAGAUGAGGGUAUUUUUGUGCAAACUCUCCCCGGUGAGGCCGUCCACCUGUUGGAGGAGCCUUUGGGGCUGAGACAGGGGCGACUCCAGCCCAACUGAGGUUUCAAGCAGCCCCUUUGCCUGCAGCUGCUGGAGUCAUCUGAGUCUCCCUCCAGCUG